UCAAGUGAUUUGUUUUGGUGAAACUGCUAAUAACGGCAACGUAACGGCUCUUUUGUCAAGUAAAUUGUGACAUAAGAUGGAGUUGCGAUACAAGUGAUUCCUUUAAAUCUUGUAAAGAAAUAUUUACCCGAGGUCUUUUGAUGGCUUACGCAGCCCAGCAAUGGUCCUUCCUGGAUCGAGUAGGAAAAGUUACUCUCCAUUGCAAAAAAUGCGACACAGUACUGGCCACAAGGGAAACUGUGAUGUUGGCCAAAGUACCCCCCUCUGGUACACACUUGGCCGUCAGGGAGGGGAAGGAGGAACAUGUAGAAGGGAAACUUCAUAAGGUUAAAAAUGAAAAGGGCGGGAACAGUGCACUUUAUUGCCCUUUCAAUUUUCUUUGCCGAGGGUGUGGCGAACGUGUUGCAAACGUAACAAAGUUAGCAGGGAAACAGCUUAUUUGUUUUAGAAUAGAGAGAGUCAAUAUUUCUCACAAUGGAAAGAGGAUUAUGGCGAACAAACUGUCAAAAGUGAGCAAGGAGUUGGAAGAAGAGUGUGGCAUUGAAGUUGUCAACGUUACGACGCAUGCGCCAGAAACAGGAAGAGCAGACCAAUCUCGUGGAGAUAGUGAAGCCAUGGUUUAUUGUGAUACGAGUGGGUGGACUCACACAUCGCACGAAAUCGACUCUUUAACGCGACAAGAGCCGCGAGACUAUCAGCGGGAGUUGUUCCUUUCUGCCAUGCGCGGUAAUACGCUAGUAUAUCUGCCCACUGGCUCUGGAAAAACCUUGAUUGCAGCCAUGGUGAUGAGUUGUAUGAAGAAGUUGAACCCAAGCAAAGUUAUGGUAUUCCUCGUCGACCGAGUACCAUUAGCGCACCAACAACGUGAUUACACUAAGUCACAAUUGAUAGAUUUAAAGGUGGAAAUGCUGGUCGGUGAAAUGGAGUCGCCUCAAAAUAGGCGUAUUUAUCACAAAUUAGCUAAUAACAAAGUUGAUGUGUUGGUCUUAACACACCAGAUUUUCCUUAAUUUUUUAGCCGCGGAGGACAACCCACCCAUUCGUCUGUCUGAUGUCUCAGUCCUGGUGUUCGAUGAGGCUCACCACUGCAGCAGAAACCACCCGUACAACAAGAUAAUGGAGUACUACAAAAAGACGCCAAACCGGUUUAAACCUGUUGUGCUCGGUCUGACAGCCUCACCAGCUGGAGAGCUUACAUUCAAGAAAACCAGUAAGAAACUUGAAAAGCUCCUUGAGAACUUGGAAAGUGCAGUAGCGAUGCCCAUUGAGUCGGAUUUGUUGAUUCAUGUUAAUAUCCCAGACGUAAUUUAUGAAAGAUCUGACCACAUGAACACUGAUCAAGUUCUUCUCCAGCGACAUAUUGAAGAACACAUCAAAUAUCUGAUAGACAUCCUCUUCGAAGAUGUACCAGAUCGUCAAGAUUUUCCGUUUCCUGUAUUCUCGUCGAAUUUUAGAGGUGCGCUGAGAAAGCUGAUCGAAAGUUACCAUGGUAACACGAAGUCGUUUGAAGCGCUGAUCGUUGUUGAGCAUGCAAUGCACUUGCUUAGCGUUGUUGAGUUUUGUGAUGUUCUUGGUUACCAGUAUGCUGUUGAAAGUCUCAAAGAAUGCGUAUACCGCAUUGUUUCCGCUAAGUCUCGGAAACAUCGUGCCCUGAACAGGUUAAUUGGAAGUCAACGUUCUUUUCAAGCCCUCAAAAAUUUGGUAGAUCAAGCAUGCAGGGCUGACUACCCUCGUGCAGUUGUCAUGUCGGACAGGUACAAGAUUCUUGUGAAGCACUUAGAGCAGUUUCUUCACCAAGUUCGGGAAGACCCAACUUCUAGAGGUAUCAUAUUCGUAAACUUGCGCAAAACGACCUUCAAAAUGUGCGAGCAGAUUAGAAGGGAUAUCCCGAUUGUGACCAAAAUGUUAAAUCCCUACCCUUUUGUCGGCCAUGGUCAAGGAAGCUAUGACGGAAUGACGUGGAAAGAUGAACAGGAAAAGCUGUUAAGAAAGUUCAGAGAAGGAGAAUCCAAGCUGCUGAUUUGCACGAGUGUUUUGGAGGAAGGACUGGACAUCCCCGAAUGCAACCUAGUCGUUCGCUUCGAGGGUGCGGCAACACUGCGGGCGUUAGUUCAGACUCGCGGGCGCGCGUCCCGUAGAUCCAACAGUAAGUUUGUCGUUAUCUGCAAUGAAAAACAAGAAAAAGAUGCCAAAGAUUUGUGUCUCAAGGAACAGAACAUGGAAGAAGCCAUCAACUGUUUAAUGAAGAACCCGAGGCGUCAAUCACAAGCAGAGGAGUUCGAAUGCGAAGCGAAAAAACCUAAGCUUUUUCUCCCCAGCGCAGAGGAAAGUGGUGCAGAUACUUCUCCAGUCAUGCGCUACAGCCCUCGCAUAUCUGUCACGGUGCGCAAUAUGGUAUAUCAAACAUCCCGUGUGAUAGAAUUUCUGAACGACAACUUCGACGUGAUAUCUUCAAAGCCAAUUCAGUCCACUUCAUCGGCCGGUGAAGCACUUACAAAGAAACCCACAUCAGAGGAUAUGGCGUUUGAACUCGAACCAAGCCAUAAUGAAGAAGCCAAGGAGUUUCGCUCAAAGGAAGAGUUUGCAUGUCACGCGACAGAAGUGUGGUGCAUGCGCCUCACCGACCGUCACGAGGAACCACUUCCGACUUGGCUCCAGGCCCCACCAUUAGAGACACGCCGCAAAUCUAUUGAAUCAUUUCAUUGGUUAAAAGCAAGUUCCUUAUGCCUCGGUACUUUUAUGAGUCGAUGCCAUUUCCAGUGUGAGUGGCCUCUAGAGCCUACCUUAAAGGACAUUAAGAUUAAUUUUGAUCACAGCUUCAAGAUGCUGACCUUGCAUUCCUCCAGGCAAUCUUCUGUCGUUCUUGAUCAAGGUGCUGUUGCUAGAGUUUCUUACAAGAUAGAACUUCGCUACGAGGAGAUUGAAGAUUUCAUAAUCGUGGACACUGAUAGUAGUGCAGAAGCCAUUAACGUUUUUCUAACGGCGCGACACCCUCCACGGCUGUAUAAGCAUGAAGUAAUGGAAGAUUUGUUCGAUCUUUUUCAAGUAGAUGAACAAGACGAUGAAGAUGACUCAGUCGUCUCGACAAGUGACGAUGAAUCAGAAACCGAAGGCUUCUUGACCGACGAUGAAUACGCGGAUGUAAUAACCGCCGAUUUCAAUAACGUUUCCUCAGAUCUCUCUCGUAAUCUCACAGACUAUAUAAGCUGGGAAAGGGCGUCAGAUUUCCACAAUGGUGAGAAUACCGUAAGUCAGUGCUUUACCUACUGUGUUACAAUACCAUUCAAUGAGGUUGUCCAGUUGAGACGCUUGUUGACCACAGUCGAGAAAAGAUUCCACAAAAGUGUAUUUUACUGCCGAGUGAAGGAGAGCUAUGGAAAAUUACGAGAUGUUGAGAUCCCCGAUAGUUUGCCAUAUGAUGUCAAGUAUGCCGCUGGAAGUGUCCUCAGUUUUCAUCCUUUGAUUCGCGGGAGAGUGCUACCAGGAAAAUUUGGUGGACUCUUGCUGAGCAAAUCUUCUAAUAUAGCUAUUGCCGCUUUGGAAAAAUUGAGUAAAGUGUUGGAAAAAGACAAGUUCUGUGAUCCGGGCACCACUCUGGAGUCGCUACUGAAACAAGAAAACCCUUCAACUUCCGGAAUGUAUAACAGGCUGGUCCCAGGCCAUUGUGCUUUGAUAAAGCGUGCGGUCAUCACCCCAACGAGGCUUUUGUUCUACCCACCGGAAGUCAUGGUCAAGAAUCGCGUUCUCAGGAAUUAUGAUACAGACGACUUCCUUUGUGUUAGUAUUCGAGACGAAGACCUGUCAAAGUUGUCUGCAGCGAGAGGAAAUAUCCACGAUAUAUUAGACGGAGUAAAUCGUAAAUUGAAUGAAGGACUAGUGGUAGGUGGUCAGCGGUUUCAAUUUUUGGGUUCCUCCAACAGUCAGCUUCGCAACCAUAGCUGUUGGUUUGUAGGGCCCAGUUCUCUACCGGAUGACAUACGUCGCUGGAUGGGAGACUUCACCAAUAUCAAGUGUGUUGCCUCAUACAUGGCUCGUAUGGGUCAGUGUUUUUCCACCUCCUUAGACGCUGUGGGGUUUGCGACCAGUGAGGAUACCUAUCAUGAGGAAGAAGAUGAUGUUAAGACAGCUGACGGAGAAUACUGCUUCUCCGACGGAGUCGGAAAGAUAUCCGAAGAGUUGGCCGCAGAGGUUGUCCGACAAAUUGGUAAACCUUUCAAACCAUCUGCAUUUCAAGUCCGUUUCGCCGGCUACAAAGGAGUUCUUGCACUAGAUCCCAGACUUCCAGGGAAACAGGCCAUAUUUCGUGAGAGCAUGUCCAAGUUUGAUAGCUUUCACCGCAGACUGGAAGUAUUGCAGACUUCUCGUCCUCAGGUCGUUUUCCUCAAUCAUCAGGUGAUCAUGCUUCUGUCUAACCUUGGAGUCCCGGAUGAAGUCUUCAUCAAAUUGCAAAACGACAUGUUAGACAAGUUGGCAGGGAUGCUUGUGAAUGAACGUGAUGCUAUUCAGCUACUGGGGAGUGGAGCCAAAGUGGGCGUGUCCUAUCACAAUGUUUCUAAUGCAGGGAUACCGCUGACAACAGAGCCAUUCUUUAAAUCGCUUUUGGUGGCCAUGUACCGAAAUCACAUGCACGAACUGCUUUCCCGAGCCCGCAUUCUUUUGCCACCAGCGGAAGCACGAUUGAUGAUGGGUGUGAUGGACGAGUUGGGUGUACUGAAACCUGGCCAAGUUUUCGUACAGUAUUCCGCGGUUGAAACACGUGAGGAUCGGGAUGACGAGUUUGACAAGAACAAAAAAAUUGUGCUGAGCGGACCGGUGGUGGUUACUCGUAAUCCAUGCUUACAUCCGGGAGAUGUACGUCAGCUCGAGGCUGUUGACGUACCAGGCCUCUUUCAUCUUGUGGACUGCAUCGUUUUCCCAAGCCGAGGCUCGCGGACACAUCCUAACGAGAUGGCAGGCGGUGAUUUGGACGGUGACCUAUACUUCGUCUGUUGGAAUAAAGACUUGUUACCAAGGAAACCCAAUUACCCGCCAAUGGACUAUCCUUCACUUCCUAAACUGGAACAGACUGAGCCAAUCGCUACUCGCGAUAUGACCAAGUUUGUGGUGGAUUACAUCCGGUCUGACCAGUUAGGCGUGAUUGACAACGCGCACAAGGCUUUGGCGGAUAUCGAGAAAGACGGCGUGCGAUCCAAGAAGUGUCUUUUUCUUGCAAAACUGCACUCUUUAGCAGUUGACGCACCCAAAACGGGAAAAUGGCCUGAUACUACAGGUAUUGGGAUUAUAGAAAAGCUUCCUGAUUUCAUGAUGAAGAGCCAUAAACCAAGUUAUCCCUCUGAAAAGGUUCUAGGAAAGCUCUAUCGACGCUGUCGGAAGUUUAAAGAUACUACAUCUGAAAAAUACGAUCAAAAAGUCCGUUUGGACGAGUCCUUCCUGUUGCCAGGUAACGAUAGAUUCGUUGAA